AAAGAGGGGGAGGAGGAGGAGGAGGAGGAGAAUAGGUUGAAAAAAAAGAAAUGGAAGAACUUAGCGCCGAUGAGAUCCGUAGAAGACGCCUUGCUCGGCUUGGUGGCGGACAAACGUCUCAACCCACCACACCGCUCACGUCUCCUCAGCGAGAAAAUCCACCGGGGGCAUCUGCAGCAACGACGCCAGGCAUGACUCAAAGUAUGGGGCUCAGUGCCCAGGGCAUGACUCCAGCCACAUCUCCCAUUGGAGCAACAGGUGCUGCCCAUCGAAGCCAGAGUAGUGAAGGGGUGAGCUCGCUCAGUAGUUCCCCAUCAAACAGCCUUGAAACCCAGUCUCAGAGUCUCUCCCGAUCUCAGAGUAUGGAUAUUGACAGUGUAUCCUGUGAGAAAAGCAUAUCACAAGUGGAUGUGGAUUCGGGGAUUGAAAAUAUGGAAGUUGAUGAGGGUGAUCGCAGAGAAAAGAGGAGCUUAACCGAUAAGGAACCUUCUUCGGGGUCAGAUGUAUCUGAAGAACAAACACUUUUGCUUAUAUGUAAGAUCUUCCGAGUUUCCUGGAAGGAGCGUGACCGGGAUGUGAUUUUCCUGCCUGGUCUGGCCGCAGAGUUCAAGUAUAAUUCAAAAGAAGUUUUUUCGGACUGGAAAGAUUUGAUUGGGCAGAUUCUGAUGGAGGUUCUGAUGUUGUCCACUCAAAUGCCAGAAGACAACCCAUUUGCCAGUUUAACUGCCACGUCUCAGCCAAUUGCAGCCGCUGCACGAUCGCCGGACAGGAACUUGACCCUGAACCCUCCAUCCAGCCACGGAACAAGUCCGAUGUUCUGUAGUCCGAGCUCGUUUGGAGCCAGUUCUUUAUCAAGUCUGUAUGGAACCAGCCCAGGUUUUCGAUCUUUUACUGCAAGCCAUGCCUCCACGAGCGCUAGUCCAGCUAGCCAGCCUUCUCUUGCUAUAAGCCCUCAUUCAUUGGUGUCCAAUCCUUGUGUGCGUUCCCUGGCUACCAGUUCUUCCUCAGCACAGACCAGUUCUUCAAGGCAUCCGCCACUGACCACCAACUCUCUGCCAUUAUCAACGUCUCCCAGGCCACGAACUGUUGCUAUGAGUCCGUUGCCCAUCGUGAUUAAUUAUUCUGCCCCACAAACCGUGGCCACUAGCCCAUCACCAAUCCAAGCAAGUUCUCCAAGACAACGGCCCUCCAUAAUGGGCCCACCUUUAUUUCCCGUCACUCCUCCAGCAGCAAUGCCCCGCUCGACUCAACACAACCAACUACCUUCUAGUCUCUACAACAACCCUUUCUCCCUUUUCCUCUUCGCUCUUGCCGAUUUGCCUGGAGACAGCAGUGAUGAUGAGGAUGAUGAGGAGGAUGCUCCUGAUGAGGAGGAAGAUGAUGUUGAUUUGUCUAGUGUGCAGUUUGGUUCCAGUUUGGGUACAAAUGGAGGCUGCUCCACAGAGUCUGGCAGUGACCGCUUCACCAUUGAAGCUUGUAAAGAAACCGAGAUGUUGAACUACCUCAUUGAGUGCUUUGACAGAGUUGGAAUCGAAGAGAGAAAAGCUCCAAAGAUGUGCUGUCAACCAUCUGUUAGUCAGCUGCUCAGUAACAUCCGAUCCCAGUGUAUUUCCCAUGCUGCACUCGUGCUUCAAGGAGCCCUCACACAACCAAGGUCCUUGCUCCAGCAAUCUUUGCUGGUUCCCUAUAUGUUGUGUCGGAAUCUUCCUUAUGGCUUCAUUCAAGAACUAGUUAGGAUGACUCAUCAGGACUCUGAAGUAUUCAAACAGAUCUUCUUUCCCAUUAUACAAGGACUAGCGAUGGCAGUGAAAGAAUGUUCCUUGGAUGGUGAUAAUUUCAAGUAUCCACUUGUGGCAUUACAAGAAUUGUGUGAAAUCAAGUUUGGGAAGACCCAUCCUGUAUGUAACCUGGUUGCCUCACUGCCUUUAUUUCUGCCGGAUUCACUGAGUCAGGGCACUGGCAGAGAGCUGCAAAAGCUAUCAGUUCUUGGCUCUUUCUUCAGUCUCUCUGUCUUUGCAGAGGAUGAUACAAGAGUUGUGGAGAAAUAUUUCUCAGGACCUACACUUACCCUUGAAAACACCAGAGUUGUUAGUCAGUCCUUGCAACACCAUCUGGAGUCAGCCAGGAGUGAUCUCUUCAAAAUUUUGCACAACAUUUUACUUAAUGGUGAGACCAGAGAAGCUGCUUUAAAUUACAUGGCAUCUGUGGUAAACCGCAAUAUGAAGAAAGCACAGAUGCAAACAGAUGACCGGUUGGUAUCCACGGAUGGGUUUAUGCUGAACUUCCUGUGGGUGUUGCAGCAACUGAGUACCAAAAUCAAGCUGGAAACUGUUGACCCAAUGUAUAUUUUCCAUCCAAAGUGUCGCAUUAACAUACCUGCUGAUGAGACGCGUGUCAAAGCCUCUAUGGAGGACAUCAAAAGUUGGCUCGCAGAGCUCAACGAGCAGUCAAAGUUUGCAGAACCCAAAUUCCCAACAGAAUGUUUUUUCCUGACUCUACACGCACACCAUCUCGCCAUUCUUCCCAGUUGUCGCCGAUAUAUCCGAAGACUACGAGCUAUUCGAGAUCUCAACAGGACAGUUGAAGAACUGAAAAAUAGUGAGAGUCAGUGGAAGGAUUCUCCUCUAGCAAACCGACAUCGAGAAAUGCUGAAACGCUGCAAAACUCAGUUGAAGAAACUGGUGAGGAGCAAGGCCUGUGCUGAUGCUGGCUUGUUGGAUGAAAACCUGUUAAGACGGUGCCUCCAGUUCUACGGCACGUUAAUCCAGUUGAUCUUUCGUAUGGUUGACCCACGCUACCCAGACAUGACACUGCCCCUGAUCGCAGAGGUCCCCAAGGUGUUUGCAGCGUUGCCUGAAUUCUAUUUGGAAGACGUUGCUGAAUUUUUGCUGUUUAUUGUACAAUAUUCCCCUCAGGUUUUGUAUGAGCCUUGCACUCAGGACGUAGUGACCUUCCUCAUCGUAUUUAUCUGUAGUCAGAACUAUAUCCGAAAUCCAUACCUGAUUGCCAAACUGGUGGAAGUCAUGUUUGUGACAAACCCAGCAGUUCAGCCUCGAACGCAGAAAUUCUAUGAAAUCCUGGAGAAUCACCCGCUGGCCACAAAGCAACUGGUGCCAUCUUUAAUGAAAUUUUACACAGAUGUUGAACAUACAGGAGCAACGAGCGAGUUCUAUGAUAAAUUUACUAUUCGCUACCACAUCAGCACAAUCUUCAAGAGUCUCUGGCAGAAUGUGGCACAUCAAGGCACCUUUAUGGAAGAGUUUAACUCUGGAAAGCAGUUUGUUCGCUACAUCAAUAUGUUGAUCAACGAUACAACAUACCUACUAGACGAGAGCUUGGAUUCUCUCAAAAGGAUUCAUGAGGUCCAGGAGGAAAUGAAGAACAAAGAACGCUGGGAUGCUUUGCCAAGGGACCAGCAGCAGAGUCGGCAAUCACAGCUAACCCAGGAUGAGCGUGUGUCUCGUUCAUACCUUGCUCUUGGUGCUGAAACUGUGGACAUGUUCCAUUAUCUCACCAAACAAGUUCAAAAACCCUUCCUCAGACCUGAACUUGGUCCACGUUUAGCAGCGAUGCUGAAUUUCAAUCUGCAGCAGUUGUGUGGGCCUAAAUGCCGCGACCUGAAAGUCGAAAAUCCCGAGAAAUAUGGGUUUGAACCGAAGAAGCUUUUGGAUCAGCUGACUGACAUUUACCUGCACUUAGACUGUCCCCGGUUUGCCAAGGCCAUUGCUGAUGAUCAGCGAUCGUACAGUAAAGAACUCUUUGACGAAGUCAUUUUGAAAAUGAAAAAGGCUGGAAUCAAGUCGACUAUCGCAAUCGAGAAGUUUCGGCUGCUGGCAGAAAAGGUGGAAGAAAUCGUCACAAAGAACGCACGGGCAGAGAUUGACUAUGGGGAUGCCCCGGAUGAGUUCAGAGAUCCACUGAUGGACACCCUGAUGAAUGAUCCUGUGAAGCUGCCCUCUGGGACCAUAAUGGACCGCUCUAUUAUUUUAAGACACUUAUUAAAUUCUCCAACAGACCCAUUUAACCGACAACACUUGACGGAGAAUAUGCUGGAACCAGUGCCUGAACUGAAGGAAAAGAUCCACACCUGGAUGAGAGAGAAGCAACAUGCAAAUCGUUCCUUGCAGUGAAGUGUUACCUGAGCCGGACGCAGUGAUGGGGAGAGAGAGGGAAAAAAAAGGCUUGUAGUUCCAAACUUAGACGACCAGGUUAAUGAGAACCCGAGAACAAAUCUGCUUUUCUGCUUUGACGUUGAAACUCUCGAGGCAAGCGGUUUGCUGAACUGGUAUGAGAGGGUGAGCUGAAAAAAUCAACUUUAAAAACAAAAAUAAAAUAAAAACAAUGUCUGUAAAUAAAUUUAAUUUAAAAGGACAAAAAAAACGGUUGGAAGGAAAAUGUUCCGAGGUGUUGGGUACAAUUUAAAAUACCUUUUUUUUUUUUUGCAGUAACAGAUGUACACGACCAGUCCGCGUUUAGGUGAGGGUGGGGGGGGAGGGGAGGAGGCGACGGGCAAGCUUGCAGCAAGUUUUGAAAUGGCGGUCUGAGCUACCGUGAAUUAAUGGAGGAUGUAUAUCUGUAUUUUAGGUUGAAAUUAUUGCUCUACUCUUGCAACCACUCGCUGCUAAAGGGACAGUUGGUUUGCUGCACUACAUGUUCCUCAAAACCAAAGUGAUGUGCGUAUAGGCCCUUGCCCUUAAUUAAUUAAUUUAAAAAGAAAAAAAAAAAUCCCUGAGGUUAGAAUCGAGAGGCAUUAUUAUCCGUUGGCUCACAGGAUUAGACGAGAGGUGUUUUUGAAUUGUUUGCUUCUCAUUAUUUUUCAUAUUUUUUUAUAUAUAAAUACGGCCGAGCCCGAUAUGUAUUUUCUCCGUGCAGUUUAAUGCCAAUUCUAUCUUGAAGCAGAUUUAACGGCCCACAUUCUUCUCCGUCUCCAUCCCUCCCCCACCCUCCUCCCCCCUCAAGUUUGCUUCCGUACGCAGAACCUCACGCAGACAGUAUUUUUAACCCUUACCCCGCCGCGCUCCCUGUAACUUGACAUUUUCCGCGAUACGAUCUGAAAUAUUGGAAUUAUGUUUCGCCUUCGAAACGACGGCUUCGCGCGCAUCUCCGCUGCAGUGUGGAGGGAGGAUUCCCUUCAUGUCCUGCUGGCUUUCUUCGUUGCUGGCCUCUGGCCCACUAGAGGGCACUCCCAUCUUUCCACGAGCUCCUCCUGUCUCACGGCAGAAGGCUUCAUACCGAGAUGGACUCCAUAUUUCUCGCGCACUUGUUGAGUGAAUGGAACCUACAACGGGGAAACUCUCUUUCGACCCGCACCUGUUGUAAUCCUUCCUGCUCGGUUCAUGUGAACGCCGGCUAUUUGUGAAUUUUCACGCGGUUGCAAUCGUAAUUUGUUAAGUAUUUGGAUUAUCUUCCGACAACCUUAAUUUACACGAAUCAGAGGAUUUUUCCAAGACUCUUAAUUCACAAUUUCAGUGUGCUUGGAAUCUGAUCAGAUCUGUAUUUCCUGUUAAAUCGAAUGGACUAGUUUCCCCUUUUUUUAAAACAAAAUGUAUUUGCAGCUCCCUUGGUGACUUGGCUAUCCAGCAACCUCCUUGCUCUCCUUUGGGAAGGGAAUGGGAGGACAUUUAUUUUCUUUUAAAAAGCAGAAUAGAAGAAUUCAACCUGUUCCAUGAUGCAUCGCCAACAAGUACCUCAUAAACAUCCCAAGUCUAAUGGUCCAAUCAAUUCAAGUGUCCGCCAUGUAUUCACAAGCGUAAAAUCCACACUGGUACCUCCUAUAAUUCUUUGCCUUCUUUUUCUAAAAGUCAAUGAUGGUACCUGGAGUGGUGGCUAGCUAUUUGCUGCUUACCAUUUAAAGUGUUUAAAACCACUGCCUUUCGUUAAGAGGCGUCAUAAAUCAAUAGGACACACAACUAAUUAAUCUGUGAAACAUCCCGACCAAGUUUGAUUAUUUCUCUUGCGUUGAAUAAAUCAUAGGGUGUCAAUAAUGGAGUUGCUCAAGACAUUUAACUCCUCGUAAAGUUAGAAUAUUAAAGGUAAGUCAGCUUUUUUUUAUUAAAAGGACUUUUUUUUUAAAAAAAACUUUCCCUUCUCCAUCAUAAUUCUGCACAAUAUUGCCAUACACUUGAAACUAGACUAUUAAAAUAUAGGGUUUUGAAAUAAGACUUCAGAUUGCGUUAACCAUUUUCCUCUUCCUCGUUUUUUUUCUAGCAAGAUCCCUCGUGUAAUCUUUUGAGCCAAUGUGACUUUGCCAAGGUCAGAUAUUGUUGGAUCAAUGAGGGAUUUGUUCUUUUACAUUCAAGUGCCGCCAACAGAGAAUACAUUUUAAGGCACUUUUGCGUGUAGAUUCUACUCGCACAUCAGAGCUACUCUUGUAAUAAAGAUGCCACAGAUGUAAGGUAGAUUAUGAGUUCAUUAUUGCAUUACGUGGGGUAAAGACAAACACCCCUCCAGUUUGGAUGCGUAAAGUCUACGUAAAUCGAUUGAUAAUUUGAUCUAAAUUUAGAGGUUGUUUUUGUUACUUUUUUAGAAAAAAAUAUAUAUAGUGCGACCUAUUGAGAAACCUGAACGAUGAUAAGCCUUUUUAGCCCCCAGAGCCCUUCACAAGACAAAGCUAACGAUUCAAAUUGGCGGCCAUACUUAAUUCCUUACAUUCACUCUAUUGGUAUUUUUGACUGAAUCUACAAUGUGGUGGGGGUCGCACUCAUUACAAUUGGUGACCCCCCCCCCCCCUCCCCUCCAUUUUAAGCUUGGGACCUCUUCAGUAUAUUUAUUACACUCAUUUUAACCUAUUUAAUAAGUACUAAUUUGGCCUGUAAAGCUUUCUUGCGUAGAGGAAAAGGUGUCUUUCUGGGCUGGAAGAGUUGCUAAUUUGCUGCUAACCGGCCAGCCACAGAAUCUCAAAUCUAUUGUAUAAGGUAAAUUGAAAACUCUUAGCCAAUUAUAAUGGUAGUUUGGUAGUACUGAUGUAAGCAUUUUAUCCUGAUAUCGAACGAACUGGAAAUUCCGGCACUGAGGCAAGAAAAAUGAGGAAAUAUGAAAGCUACAUUUUCCAACAAAAAAAACCUUCAUUCUUGGUAACACUGCUCCUUGCUCCAGGUACUUGAAUUUCUGACUUUUAUUUUGAAAAGCUGGAUUUUUUUUUCUAUGAAUGCUGUUGUAAUCACAGAACUGUUUUUAAAAUGAUAAAUAAACCUGCACAGAAUGGUGAUACCGAUGGACUAUUCUGAUUGCUCCCAGCCUUUGAAUUCCAAUAAACGGUGAUACACAUCCAAA